GCAAUAUUCAGGUUAAGCUGCAUGUAAAUGUCAUUGUGAUAGUAUAUGGGGGUGUUGCCAGCCUUUGCUACAUGUAUUUCAACAGGCGCGGGAAGAACCAAUUACCUGCAAUUUCAGAUUGGAUUUACAUUUAAAAAAAAGGUCAAUACCUUGAUAACUAUGGCGUCUGAGUUCAGCUCAGUAGAAGAGGGCGUUGUUUGUGAAGAAGCCAACUGCGAAUCGAUUACUGACCUCACGUUCUAUGUGAAAGAGAAGAAGAAGCUCUGUCAUGACUGCGCUUUGAAAAAAGAUUGCAUCGGAAUAGCACGAAGAGGUGUACCUAAUAUAUUGUGUAAAGAACAUGACGAAUUGAUACGUUUGUAUUGCAGAACACAUAACGUAGCAUUAUGUUAUUCCUGUGCAUCGAUAGAUCAUCGCCAACAACAAUGCGUUCAAGAGGAUAUCAUGAUCGCACUGAAGAACAAUAGAGAAGAUCUCAGCAUGCUCAAAAAUAAAGUGAUUGAUAAAUCAGAGUUAUGUCGCAUCUAUGGGAAUGGGAUUUAUAAGACCAUACAAGCCAAAGACGAACAUCUGCAAGAUAUUCAGAAUGAUGUUGAUUCCGAAAUCGAAAACGCAAUCGAAAGAGACAGAACCAGAGAAAAGGAACAUGCUGAUAAAAUCAAUAACGAGAUAGAUAGAGAAAAUGAAGAUUUUCAAGAUGAGAUUCGAGAACUUCAAGAGAAAAUUCAAAAGAACAAUGAGAAGAGAAAAAAGCGGCACGAAGAAAAUCGUUCAAUUGCAGAGAAAAGACGAAAACCGAUAAUUGAUACACAACGCAUUCUUCAUGGUGACAUUCAGAAGAUCGCUCAAGAGAUCGAGAGAAAGGUUAGAGAGCUUGAGAAAUCAUGGCAAGACGACACUAAAUCAACAGAGAAAGCAAAAGAGACACUGGAAAGAAUUCUUGAAGACGAUAAAAAUAUUGUCAUAGAAGGACAUCGUGUGCAUGCAUCAGUGAGUGAGGAACUAAAGAAGCAACUGAAUGAGGGUGAGGUGAAAGAAAUAAAUCGUGUUGUAUCAGGUUUGAGGUUUGUGAAGGGUGUUGGGAGAGAGAAGUAUGAUGGAAGAAUUGAUGGGUAUGAUGGAGAGUGGAAGCUUAUUAAUACAAUCAAUGUCAGAGAUAAAAUCAUGUACCCUUACAUUGUUGGAUGUGUAGAUGAUGAAAAGGUGAUGAUACUAGAUGCAUUGAAUGGUCAAGGGCAUACCUACAUUUUAAAUUUGAACAGUAAAAUUAAUCAGAGAGUGAUCAACGGUAGUGAUACAUCAUGUAUAAUCUCAUGUGUAGCACUGAAUGAUGGCAAGAUAGUAUGUGGUAGAUACUUCGAAGGUUGUAAAGGAGACAGUCUACCUGGGUGCAUCAGUGUAUACGACAGGCAGUGGAAUCACAUCAAUGACGUCACAAUACCAAGAAACACGAUGCACAAUGAUGCAUGGGUGCUCGUUGAAAUCGAUCAGGAUGGGAUGAUCAUCGCUGUUGAAUUGGGUCAGUCUAUGAUAUACGUCGUCAACCCAGUUAAUGAUGAGAUUAUCAAUACCAUCACGUGUCAAGAGAAUAUAGUAAUGCGCGAUGUGCUGUCAUCAGGUCACAUUAUCGCUCGACCUUUACCAUCUGAUCGCAGAGCACUCAUCAUUGACAGAGAGGGUGAUCAUAGGGAAAUCCCCCACAGUGAUGUCAUCUUGAAUGUGUGUGGUGAUCGUAUGACAGACGACCUCUACGUCGUGACAUCAGAUGAUGAUAACAAGACGUGUGUGAUUGAUCAGGUGAUGAGUGAGGGUGAUAUGAAGAAGAGAAAAGUAGCAUCAUUCCCUUUAUCAACUAGACUGAAUAGAUAUAAUAGAUUUAAUCAUCUUUUCGCAUCUCGAGUGAUUAUGACGUCAUCAGGGAAUAUGAUUGCAUGUGAUGGAGACAAUAUUCUCAUAUUCAAAAAGACAUUCAUCCUCUAGAUUCAUGACAGAAUACCAAACAAACAAAUGAUAUUGGGAAUGCUGCUACAUCUUACCAUUAUGUGCUUUCAAAUUGAAAAGAAAAAAAAAUGAAAACGCAUGAUUCCUUGUAAUUCAUGGUUUCUUUAUGGGUAAGCUUCAUAGUCAUAUUGGAAACCUAUCAGGGUUAAUGCCCUUUUAUUGUACACGUUGUGUCAGAUGAUAUUUUAUAAUAUACGCCGUUGCUUUAUAACACUUCCCUGGUUGGAUUGAGUAAACAUUACUAUCAAUUGUGUCUGCAUGACGGCUCAAAAUUACUGGACCCGUGCAUAUAUUCAUUUAAGUUCAGUUCCAUAUGUUACAUUGAACAGUUAAAAUGUUCCCCUUUUAUCAUGUUCAUGUAAUCAUGCCGGUCAAAAAAGUAUCAUUUUAAUAGUCCAUCGCGAGUAUUAUAGGUAACAAAGUCUUGUCUUGCUAAUGAAACAGGAGUUGUUAUUCUAAAUAAAUGUUCAGUGGUAUCUUGAUUCAGUUAUACAAAUUAACAUUACAUAAAGCGCUAUACUCCUAUAUGGAUUGAAUUUGUGUACUUUGGACUCCUUUGAAAACACGUCAUAUUAAACCAUAAUUUGUUCUCAUAAUAAUGUUGCGAUUUUAGAGAGGAUCGUGGUCACGUUCGCUAUACCUCGAUGCGCAUUACAUCUAAACAUUGCCUGCUUGUUUGUAUAUUUUCACUUCCAACAUCAGAUCAAGAUAUCCCAUCAAAGUAUUUUGAUGUGGCUACAUACGAAACAGCCCCUGGAAUGAUCUCAAAGCAUGACAUGAUUAUAAUUACCUGGAUUUACCGAGAGAGGGGGCUGUUACAAUGAUUACGAUACAUUUUGGUAAAUUGCACUUUAUGCUCUUGC